AUGGUGGACAUAGCAGCCGAAGACCUCCUGUCCACACUGGUGAAUUUUGUCAAAGAAAACUAUAAGCUAAGAGAGGGGUUUUCGGACUUCCUGCCUUAUAAAGCAUUGCAGAAAUAUUAUAAUACCCCAGAUAUUUUUGGAUUGGUGUUGGCUUUUGCAGACUAUGACAAUGACAACCUUCCUUUCCGGGUGUGCAAUUUUGAUAAUGAAGUCUACUUUCACAACAGGAGCACCAACGUGCAGAAGGAUGGAGAUGUGGUGAUUGGGGGAUUGUUAUCCCUUUAUGUCUAUAUAUACAGCACUGGCUUCUUUGAUCUACAGCCUGUGAAGCACUUCUUAAUUUUGCCGCUUACAUCCAAAAACUACCAGCAUUUUCUGGCCUUCAUUUUUGCAAUAGAAGAGAUCAACAAAAAUCCUCAUCUUUUACCCAACAUGUCUCUGGGAUUUGAGUUUCAUAAUUUCGUUUACAGUCACUGGAGGAUGCUGGAGAAUUCCCUCGUUUUGCUCACAGGACAAGAAGAGAUCCCCAAUUAUUCUUGUAGGAGAAACAGCAAGGCAAUUGCAGUGUUAAUGGGAGCAUCAUGGGCAUCUGCUACUCAAAUUGGAAGCCUGCUGGGGCUCUACAAAUUUCCCCAGGUUUCCUUUGGCUCAUUUGAUCCAAUGCUGAGUGACAGUGUCCAGUUUCCUUCUCUCUAUCAAGUAACCCCAAAGGAUGCAUCUCUGACCAUUGGCAUGGUCUCCUUGAUGCUUCACUUCAACUGGAGCUGGGUAGGGCUGAUCAUCACAGAAGGGCAUAAAGGUCUUCAAUUUCUCUCAGACGUGAGAGCAGAGAUGGACAGAAAGAGUAUCUGUGCAGCAUUUGUAAAAAUUAUUCCAAAUCCUCUUGUGUCAUAUACCUCAAAUCUACUGCGUCUUGAGAUCCUGACAAGGGAAACAUCAAAUGUGAUUAUUAUUUAUUAUGAUGGUGGUGAUCUAAGUCAAGUAAACUAUAACAUAGGGCAACAUGUAGUGACAUGGAAAGUCUGGGUGACAAAUUCACAAUGGCAGGCUGAUGCUUCUGGGACCAAUUUCAUAAUUGACUCAUUCCAUGGAACGCUCAUAUUUUCAAAUCAUCAUGAAGAGAUUUCUGGUUUUAAAAAUUUUGUCCAGGCAGUGAACCCUUUCAAGUACCCAGAAGACUCUUACCUCACUAUGUAUUGGUACAAAAAUUUCCACUGUUCAUUCUCUGAUUUUGAUUUUGCAUUGAAGAACUGUACACCUAAUGCCUCUCUGGCAUGGCUGCCUAUGAGUCGUUUUGACCCAGCCAUGAGUGAUGCGAGUUACAAUAUAUACAAUGCUGUAUAUGCAGUGGCUCAUGCCCUCCAUGAGAUGCUUUUUCAACAUGCACAAACACCACUAGUGGAAAGUAAAAGAGUGAUGGAGUUUUCUGCCUGGCAGCUCUACCCCUUUCUGAAGAAUAUCCAGUUCAAUAAUCUUGCUGGAGACCAGGUGACCUUGAAUGAGGAAAUGAAGUUACAGGAAGACUAUGACAUUCUUUAUUAUUGGAAUUUUCCUGAAGGCCUUAGACUUAAGGUCAAUGUAGGAAUGUUUUCACCACAUGCUCCACUUGGUAUGCAGCUGUCUUUAUCUGCUGACAUCAUAAGGUAGGCCAUUGAUAUUACACAGUUAUGUAAAAUUCCCCACUCUAUAUGCAGUGAGAGUUGCAAUCCUGCAUUCAGGAAAUCUCCUCAAGAGGGAAAGGCUGCCUGUUGUUUUGAUUGCAACCCCUGUCUGGAGAAUGAGAUUGCCAAUGAGACAGAUAUGGAGCAGUGUGUGAAGUGUCCAGAUCAUCAAUAUGCUAGCAUUCAAAGAAAUCGCUGUCUUCAAAAAUCUGUGACUUCUCUGGCUUAUGAAGAUCCUCUGGGAAAAGCUCUGGCUGGCAUCGCCCUGAGUCUCACAGUCCUCACAACUGCUGUUCUUGGGCUGUUUGUGAAGCACCGAGACACUCCCAUCGUCAAGGCCAACAACAGAGCUCUCAGCUACACCCUGCUCAUCUCCCUCACCUGCUGUUUCCUCUGCUCCUUGCUCUUCAUUGGCCAUCCCAGCACAGCCACCUGCAUUCUGCAGCAGACCACGUUUGGAGUUGUGUUCACUGUGGCUGUUUCCACUGUCUUGGCCAAAACCAUUACUGUGGUGCUGGCCUUUAAAGUUACCGCUCCAGGCAGAAGGAUGAGGCAGUUGCUGGUGUCUGGGGCACCAAACUACAUCAUCCCCAUCUGUACCCUGAUCCAACUCACUCUCUGUGAAGUCUGGAUGGGGACAAAUCCACCCUAUAUUGACACAGAUGCUCACUCUGAGUAUGGCCACAUCAUCAUCGUGUGCAACAAGGGCUCCCUCACUGCCUUCUACUGUGUCCUGGGAUACCUGGGCUCCCUGGCCCUGGUGAGCUUCACUGUGGCUUUCCUGGCCAGGAACCUUCCUGACACCUUCAAUGAAUCCAAGUUCCUGACCUUCAGCAUGCUGGUGUUCUGCAGCGUGUGGGUCACCUUCCUGCCCAUGUACCACAGCAGCAAGGGGAAGGUCAUGGUGGCCAUGGAGGUCUUCUCCAUCUUGGCCUCCAGUGCAGGGCUGCUGGGCUGCAUCUUUGCCCCUAAGUGCUUCAUUAUUUUGUUAAGUCCAGAGAUGAAGUCUCUGCAUAGGUUCAGGAAUAAAACACGUUCUGUAGGAAAUAAACCUUCAGUGAAAAAUGUGUGUUUCUAA